AUGAAAGUGAGAGAGAAUUGCAUCGUAACAAAAGCUCUUGAAAGCAUUGUGUUUUUCUGGUUUGGCUUUGCUUGUUAUCUGGAAUAUCAACCAACCAAGAUGCAGACUGCAGUUGCCAGCAAAGUGAUGAGGGUUCUUCCCCUUUGUGGUUGA